AUGCCAAGAAGUGAGUACAUGGAAUAUUACAAAAGGGUUCUGGCAAUGGAACCCGAUGAUUUUGAAGAGUUCGAUAAGUCAGUUGGGAAGGACCUUGCAUAUGCAUUUAGAGUCACGAAUACGCCUUUGGCCAACAUGAUUAAGAGUAGGAUAGAGCAGUAUCCAUUUGUUCGGAGGAUAAAAUGCUUGGAGAAUGUAUACGAAUUCCAUAAGAAAAAGGAGAAAGAUGACGAGUACAGAAUGUUUACAAGCUUUCUUAUCAAUCAGACCAGUGUUGGGUUGAUUCAGAGGCAGGAGAUUGUCAGUAUGAUUCCUGUUUUGCUCAUGGAUCUGAAGGAAGAUUCCAAGGUCAUUGACAUGUGUGCAGCACCUGGAUCAAAAACCAAGCAAAUCCUCGAGGUUGUUACAAAGGGGCUUGUGAUAGCUAAUGACGCCAAUGGAAAAAGAAUAAAGGUGCUUGUGAGUGAAACAGCCAAGAAGCCGAACGGUUCAUUAAUAGUUACUAAGCAUGAUGCAACUGCAUUCCCAAAGGUAUACGAAGGAGGAGGCCUGAUCAGAUUUGAUCGUGUGUUCUGCGACGUAGUAUGCUCGAGCGAUGGAACUGUAAGAAAAAGCCCUGGCCUUCUUGAUGGAUGGAAAGUUUCCAGAAGCACGAGCCUGUUUGACACGCAGCUCAAGAUUCUGAGAAGAGGAUGCAGUCUUGCUGCAAAAGGAGGGCUGGUGUCCUAUUCUACGUGCUCUUUGAAUCCCAUAGAGAAUGAGUGUGUGGUUCAAAAGGUCCUGCUUGAGGGAGAGUUUGAGCUAGUUGACUUUAGAGGUGAUCCAAGGCUCUCUCUCUUUCCUGCUUAUGGAGAUGGGACGAAGAUUGUCUUCAGAGAAGGAUUGAAGAAGUGGGAAACAAGCGAUAAGAUAUUCAAGAAUCCAAACUACAGGCCUUCAGAUGUAGACUUGGGAUUGGAGAAAUGCAUCAGAUUUUAUCCGCAUGACCAAGACACAGGCGGGUUUUUCGUUGCAAUUCUCAGGAAAAAAGACGGCAUUGAAAAGGCGAUGGCGAAGAGAGAGGCGCCAGACCCUUCCUUCAAACGCUUUAUCUUCUUUCCAAGUAACGUUAGAGAUGAUAUGUUCAAGACUUAUUCGAUGUGCAUGGAUGGUGAACUAUAUAAAAAAACAGAAAGGAGCCGCACCAUAAGCUUUGUGACUGGGGUUGCAGCAAGAGUGCUUAGUGAAAAUCCGGGGCUUAAUGUGAUAAGUGCGGGCUACAGAAUUCUAGAGAAGUCUGGCCUGGCCAAUGCGGAAUUUUAUUUAAAAAAUCUCUUCCAUGCUGGAGGCGGAUUUGAAUGCAAUCUUGUGAUCUCAUUAGACCAGUUCAAGCUUCUACUAAACGAAACGUUUGUUGACAACACCCUGCUGGGGUUUGAGCACAUAGGACUGGCUAUCUGCAAGAUAGAAGAAAUGGGAAUCACGCUAUGUGGAUACGGAAGCCAUACCUCAUUUACUCUUUUUAUGAAUAACAACCUGAGAAAGGCAUUAAAAGACCUGAUUCUAUGA